CCAGAACAACCUGCUGAAAUUCCAUAUGAUGCUUAGCAGCCAAUCAGCGUGAGAAGAUAGCGGGCAGAAAUAGGAACUAAAUAUUUCCUGUUGCUGAGGUUGAUGUACCUGGUCUUCACCGAACUUUAUGUACCAAACUCUCAAAGCAUUUGAUCCACAGAACAAUGAUAAACAUAAUGAACAAAGACAAAAGGAAAGUGGCUGAGCGGUUCUUGAGUCAAGCCCUGGAAAUCAUCUACCUGCUGACUGGAGAGGAAUACACUAUUGUGAAAAAGAAUCCACCCCAAAGCAGCAUUCACUUGACUGGAGAGGUCUCUAUAAAGUGUGACGAUGUUGCAAUGUAUUUCUCUAUGGAGGAGUGGGAGUUUAUAGAAGAUAACAAGAACACUUACAAGGAGGUGAUGAAUCAACAGGCACUCAAGGAUGUGAGCAUCCCUGAAACCAGAACUUUAGGAGAGCGUGGAGUGUCUGCUGUAACUGUUUCCCCAGCCCCUUUCACUGGGUAUCCCAGCCUAACCUCAUCAACAGUGCUAAACUGGGAGCUUCUAAGUAACUGUGAUGACAAAGAUGCAAUAUCAGUUGAAGAGGAAGGAGAAGAUGAAAGAGAGGAAAGCAAUUUGCAGCAGGUGGACGAUGAGGAAAGUGAAAAUAGUGCACCAAGCAUUCAAGAAAUGGUAGACCAAAGUGUAAUGAACCAUUUGGAAGAUAAGUGUCAGGAGAUGCAUGAAGAUACAGACACAUUUAUAUCAGAGGACAGUGAACUAAUAGUAUUGGAGCCAGAUACUGAUGUGGAGGAAGAAACCAGACCUAAGAAACUUACAAAUGGGUCCAUUACCAGAAAUUCGACAGAACAAACCCACACUGCAACAGAAAUAGUUGAUAAUGAUACCAAUCACACUCUGAAUUUUCAAGCACAAUACUCUGGAAUCAAAUCACCCAAAGGUGCAAAUUUCUGUGAAGAUAUAUUUUAUUCUUCUACUUUAAUGCCUUAUCAACCUGUUCAAAACACAAGUGCUCUCGCUGGAAACGUUGGCAAGGAUUAUUUUGAUACAAAAUGCAGGACUGGUAGAGUUAAAAAUAAUGAUGCUGCACACUGUGCACAACAGACCAACAGAAGAGCUGCUUAUGAAGAGAACCAAGGAUUCAUUACUGAAGAGCAUGGUAUGCAUCAUAAAAAUAGGACACAGUUUAAAUUCAGAUCAAAGUAUAUGUUUCCAUACCACAUAAAUCAUACAGAAAAGAAGCCGUAUGUUUGUCAAGAAUGUGGAAAAGGGUUUUCACAAUUGUCAAAUCUAAUAAGACAUAAGAAAACACACACUGGAGAAAAGCCAUUUGUAUGUAAGGAAUGUGGUAGAAGUUUCUCUGAAAAGUCAAGUUUGGAGAAACAUUACAGAACUCAUACCGGGGAGAAGCCAUAUGUCUGUCAGAUAUGUGGAAAAGGCUUCACUCAAAUGUCAAAUCUGAGUAGACAUCAGAUAACUCACACAGGGGAGAGGCCAUAUGUUUGCCAGAUAUGUGGGAAAUGUUUUAAUCAAUGGUCAAGUCUAAUUAAACAUCACAGGACUCAUACUGGAGAAAGGCCAUAUGUGUGCCAGAUAUGUGGAAAAAGUUUUUCAGAAAGGUCAAACCUGGUCAGACAUCAAAUUACACAUACUGGUGAGAAGCCAUAUGCUUGCCAGAUAUGUGGGAAAAGCUUUUCUGAAAGGUCAAAUCUAGUUAGACAUCAUAACACAUGUAGAAGAGACUUAAUGUAUUUGCAAGAUUUGGAUGCCCCAGAGCAGAACAUUCAAGAAAACACCAACACGGAUAUUCAUACAAGAUUAGGCCAUCAUGAAGAACUAAAGGACUUCAAAGACUGUUGUGCCCUGGAGGUUAUGAGAGACUUGUCUUGCAGUGGGGAUCGAUUCCAUGGUCUCGGAACGCAUUUCAUAACUCCUCAUAUAACAAAAAAUAGGGAUUUUUAUCCCAUACAAGUCAGAGGGCCAUACAUUAAUGCCUUUCAACAAAGUGUUGAAAGGGACCUGAUUAAGUUGGCUAGCAAAAUAGAGGACAAGAAUCACCAUCAUUACACUCAUAACAACCUAACACAUAGAGAAUCUAUUGCCAUAAAAAAAUUGCAACUUAAUAAAAAUCUGGUAGUAAGAAAUGCAGACAAGGGAGGAGCAAUAGUUCUCAUGAACAAAAGCUCCUACCUAUCAGAGGCAAACAGACAGUUUGCGAAUACAUCUAUUUAUCGCAAACUGCCCUCAGAUCCAACUAAUAUCUUUAAGAGAAGUCUUGCGGGCUUGUUGGAAGAUGGCUUGGCUCUGGGCAUCUUACAAAGAAAAGACAUUGAACUCCUGAUACCAAAAUUCAUCGAUGACAUGAUUUUCAUUGUGGAAGGCAAGGGUGAUAGGGGUUUCUCUAUCGCUGACUUCCUCGAAUAUCUUAACACUAACAAAAGUAAGCUGAAAUUUACAGGUGAAUUCAAUACUUUAGCAGUCAACUUUUUGGAUCUUACACUAGAGGGUGUGGUGGAAGAUGGUACCAUCAUAUCCAGCACAUACAGAAAACCUACUGCGGGUAAUACCAUCUUACAUGCCAAGUCAGCGCAUCCACCACCACACCUUCUUAGAACCAAAUGGGAUGUGUACGUACUCAACUGUAAUCUUUGCCAACAGCAGUAUGUUGGCCAAACCUCUCAAGAAUUUCGAGAAAGGGUGAGAGAGCAUCUGAAAGAUGUUGAAAAUUUCAACAAGAAUUCAGCAGUUGCCAAACACUUCAAUGGUCUGCACCUUACUGGUGUUCCCAGUUUUGCAGUGCAGAUCAUUGAGCAUUCCUGGACGGACUAUGUAACGGACAAUGCAGCACACAUUGAAGAUAUAACGUUAUUUUGGGAAACAGCCAAGGCUGUAUUGGCAGGCAACAUAAUUUCAUAUGUUUCUAAGUUGAGGUAUAAAAUCCAAUACAGACACAGGACUUUACAAAAACAGUUAGGACAGACCUAUCAAACAUUCUUACAGACCAAGACAAAAUCAUCUUACGAUAACUACAUAGCUGCAAAAUCAGACCUGGAGACAUUCACAAGACAACAGGCCGCAUCUGGCCUUUUAAAAACAGCGGGCAGAUUUUAUAGAUUUGGGGAACGGGCAGGCAAAUUGUUGGCUACCCUGACUAGGCCGCAGACAGUAAAGACUAAGGUAGCAUCUCUAAGAGAUACGGACAGGACAUACACCAAACCGGAAGACAUAGUGAAGUGUUUUGAACGUUACUACACUCAACUGUACACAAAACAGACAUCAGCACCCAAGGACAUACUGUCUCGGUUCUGGAAAUCAGUGACACUUCCACAACUUGACACAGACAAACUGGACGGGCUGAAUUCCCCAAUCACACAAGAUGAGCUAUCGCUCACGAUACAGGGAUUACCCUCGGGUAAGGCGCCAGGCCCGGAUGGUUUGCCAUCCGAAUUCUAUAAAGCCUUGCAGCCUCAGGUGGUCACCACUCUGACCAAACUCUACAACGCAUAUCUACUAACAGGCGCGCUCCCUUCGAGGGAUUUCACGGCGGCCCAUAUCACUCUUAUCCCGAAGCCUGGCAAGGACCAUUCUUUGCCGGAAUCCUACAGACCUAUUUCGCUAUUGAACGCUGAUUAUAAGCUGUUCACAAAAAUCUUGGCGAAUAGGCUACGGCUAAAUGAAAUGCUGAUCUUGACCGAUAUUUUGUCAAAACAGAACAGCAAUUGCUCAACUGAGUUGACAAUACAAGACAUAAAAGAGAGUUUGGAACGAACUAAACGGGCAACACUGGCAGCACCUCUUAGAGAAGCACAAAAGACAUAUUUCUACCUAUAUGUGUCUGAUUCACAUAUAUUGAACAAGACAAUGUGUGAGAACAACCCAAAUGAAACUUCUGAUGAAUAUAAAGAUUGUGUUGAUGUAAAGCCUUCAGUUCUGUCAAAGACUGAACAAGGAGAAGAAAUCCAUGGUGUUAAUCUUCAGAAAAACGAGGAGGAAAUUCCUAUAAAUAUCAGUAAAGCAGAUAACUUUGUGAAUGAUAGUACAACUGAUGGUUUGCAAGAUCAUGUGUUUGACUACAACAAUGCUACUGAAAAUUACCAGGGAACAAAUAGCAAUUGUGUACUUAUACAAAUAAACAGCCAAAGGAAACCUUCUACAAGCCUGAUUAAAGAAACAAGCUCAGAUAAAGAAAUACAUUUUUAUUCUAACCAGAAACUGCAUACAGGAGAAAGAGCAUACAGAUGUUCUGAUUGUGGAAAAUGUUUUAGCAAUGCCUCCUAUGUUGUUGAACAUAGGAGAAUUCACACAGGUGAAAAACCCUUUGCUUGUUCUGACUGUGGGAAAUGUUUCAGCCAGAGAGCCCACCUUGUUACACAUAAGAGGGUCCACACUGGUGAGAAACCAUUUGAGUGUUCUGAAUGUGGAAAAUGCUUCACCCGGAGUGUAAAUCUCGACGAGCAUAAGAGAAUUCACACUGGAGAAAAACCAUUUGCUUGUUCUGAUUGCGGGAAAUGUUUUCGCCAGAGGUCAAAUCUUGUUACACACCUGAGGAGUCACACUGGUGAAAAGCCAUUCGAGUGUUCUUAUUGUGGAAAAUGUUUCACACGUAGCUUAAAUCUUGCUAAGCAUAAAAGGGUUCAUACUGGCAAAACAUUUAUUUGUGCGGAAUGCGGGAAAUGUUUCAAUAAUCCCUCAUUUCUUGCUUCACAUCAGAGACUUCACGCAGGAGAAAAGCUAUUUGCAUGCUCUGAAUGUGGGAAAUGCUUCUACAAGAAAUCAUAUCUUGCAACACAUCAGAUCAUUCACACAGGAGAAAAACCUUUCUCAUGUUCAGAAUGUGGAAAGUGUUUCAGUCGGUCCUCCAUUCUUGCUAAGCAUAAGCGAAUUCACACUGGCGAAAAGCCUUUUGUUUGUACUGACUGUGGGAAAUGUUUUAGCCAGAGCUCACAUCUUGUUACACAUAAGAGGAUUCACACAUCUCCAGAUCGUCAAGAGAGAAUGCCGAAAGGGUUAAAAAUGUUUUCAUGCGCAGAUUGCGGAAAAUGUUUCACCUGGAAAACAAACCUUGUUAAACAUCAGAUGGUUCACACAAGUGAAAGAGCAUGUGUGUGUUCUGAAUGUGGCAAGAGUUUUAACUGUAACUCUGCUCUUGUUAGACAUCAAAGAAUUCACACGGGGGAAAAACCCUUUUCAUGUUCUGAAUGCGGGAAAUGUUUCAGCCAAAGCUCAGUUCUUCAAAGACAUCAGACAAUUCACACUGAUGAAAAACCAUUCUCAUGUUCUGAAUGUGGCAAAUGUUUUAGCCAGAGUUCAGGACUUCUGAGACAUCAUCGGAUUCAUGCAGGAGAAAAACCUUUUGUGUGUGAAGACUGUGGAAAAUGUUUCAGUAAUAGCUCAGACCUAAUUAAACAUCAGAGAAUUCACACAAGAGAAAAACCUUUUGCAUGUUCCGAGUGUGGGAAAUGCUUUAGCCAUAGCUCAAAUCUUAUUGCACAUCAGAGAAUUCAUUUAAAGACAUAAUUGGUGCAGAUAUCUUUUUUUAAGGUCAUUUUGAUGCAAACAUAAAAUUAUCUAAUUUAUUACAGCAUGUUAAUUUUGCACUAAAUCUUUUUAUAUUGUUGGUGUUAAUUUUGAGGCACAAAUCAUUAACCUGUUCAGUUCAGCUGUUGUAAACUUAUAUUACCUCCCAUGUUUCACUUGGUUUACAUGCUUCUUAUUCUGUUUUCAAAGUGCAUGAAAAACUUAGCUUUUAAGUGUAACCAUACCUUGUUUUGAUUUCUUUUUCUUUUAAGUUAGUAACUUAGUAAUUUGUAGAAGAAAAUUAUCUCAAAGUAUGUUGCUUAGCAAUUUUUAGCCAAUCUUAUUAAAGACUUGAUUUGCACAUGUCACCUUCAUCUGUGAUUAACAUGCACAUAUAUUUAAAAAAUAUUUAGUAAACUGUGUAAUAUACAUGUAUGUUUUUCUUCAUGGUUUUAUACAGUAUUAUUUAUUUAUUUUAUUAUUUUUUAAAAACUUUAUAUUUAACUAUUUAAUAUAUUUUAUUGUAAAUGACAAAAAAACUGUUUGAAUAAAGUAAUACAAUGAUCUGUUA